AUGGCUGAGCCACUGUCCCCGGGGAAGUCCUCCACGGUUUCCGGGCCUGAUUUCCUUUUCCCAAAUCAUGACGGCUCGUUUACUCGAAUCGAAGCCUUCCCCAAGCUACCUCCAACACCAGAAAACACCACCACCAACGAUUCUAACUCAACCCAACACGCCCUCUCCAAAGACAUACCUCUUAACCCUACCACCAACACCUUCAUUCGCAUCUUUCGACCUUCCAAUCUUCCUCCAAAUACUAAACUCCCAAUCAUUAUAUUCUUUCACGCAGGUGGUUUCGUACUUUUCAGUGCAACAUCUCAACCUUUUCAUGAAUCAUGCAAUGACAUGACCGUUCAAGUCCCAGCUCUGAUUCUCUCUGUCGAGUACCGUCUUGCACCGGAACACCGCCUUCCGGCAGCUUACGACGAUGCCAUGGAUGCAAUCAUGUGGGUCCGAGACCAGGCACUAGAUAUGAACAUUUGUGAUGCUUGGUUGAAAGAUUUUGCUGACUUUUCUAGGGUGUUCUUGAUGGGUGGUAGCUCAGGUGGCAACAUAAUUUACCAUGCUGCUCUACGUGCACUGGACAUUGAUCUUUCUCCGGUGAAAAUCAUGGGUCUGAUCAUGAACCAGCCAUUCUUUGGUGGGGUGAAGAGGACUGAAUCGGAGACGAGAUUGACCGAUGAUCCGGUAUUGAAUAUGCCUCUGACCGAUCUGAUGUGGUCCUUGGCAUUGCCGAACGAUGCUGAUCGUGAUCAUGAGUACUGUAAUCCAUUGAAUAUUGGUGAGUUUCACAAGAAGAAGAUCGGAGAAUUAUGCAGGUGUUUGGUUAGGGGAAGUGGUGGUGAUCCACUUAUUGACCGGCAGAGAGAGUUUGUGGACUUGAUGGUGGCGCGUGGUGUUGACGUGGUGGCGUGUUUUGAAGAUGGAGGCCACCAUGGUGUAGAUCUCUUUGAUCCCGUAAGAGUUCAAACUUUUUAUAAUAAUGUCCAGCAGUUUGUUCACUCAAUUUAAGAGUCAACGGCCAUAUCACUAUACUAUCAGCUUUAUGUGGGUAUUAUGAUUUCUGGGUUUUCAAGACUCUCUCUCUCUCUCACACACACACAGAGUGUGUAUGAAUAUGGGUAUGGGUAUGGGUAUGGGUAUGGGUAUAACAUGUUAAGCAGAACUUGUUGAAUUUGUUGUAACUUGACAAGAUGAUACUGUUGGUUUGCUUUCUUUAUGAUGUUAAACUUAACCACCCAGUUUGUGUUUGUUUCAAACAUAAGGAAAAUCAGUUUCCAUUAUGAUGUUGAAGCUUUGCUUUUU